UUGCUUUUCCACGCACCACCGAUGACGACCUCAUCCCAUGUGUACGAGCUGUUUGGCGGCAGGACGCUGCAUGUGGCGUACUACACCGACGUGAAGAACAGUGCGUCACUGCUGCACAAGAUCCUGUCCAACGAACUCAACGUCGCCCUCAUUAACGCAGACACGGUCGUGAGCCUGUUCCAAAUCCACGCCGCCGCGUCUCGCGCGCUCCUCUCGGUGCAAAACCACUCGAUGACCACGAACUCGCUCCACUCGGAACUUGUCUUCAAUCUGUCAGGGACGCGCAACGUCACAGAUUCGCUCCGCCGCUUCGGCAUCAGCAACCAAGCCACCCAGGUCCUUGUGUGCGUGUUCGACGAUGCUACCGCCCUCGACACAGUCGGCAUUGAUGGCGUGCUGAAACCUGUGACUUCCAUCGAAAACCACGCCCACUUGACUCCCGAACACAUCCAAGUGUUGAAGAAGCACUACAAGAUUCAGGACCUGGAGCUGCAAGUGACCACGCUCAGCGAUGCCAUCGUCAGCCGCAUUGCGACCAAGAACGUCAAUAAGUAGUAAUGAUAGCCUACUCAUUGGUAGUCAUUGUAGGAACACCCCGAAACUCCGACCAGAGUUGGCGGGGGUUCGGGGUUUGAGCUUUUGUUUGUACGGAUAAUUGCCUGUUCGAAAAACCUUA